AUGGGCGAUAAGCACGCGAUAUCUCAAUUAAAUCCGUUUCUAAAACGGUCGGCAAUUACCACCGAUAUUAGAAUGAUACCGAAAAAUAAAAUGUUAAAUACAAACACGUCCACCAAUCUACCUCGACCUAAUUCAAAUUCUCCAAAAAUUACUCAAAAUAAAAAUAACCAAUCUACAUCUUCAAAUGGUUCACCUCCAACCCAACCACCAGAAAACCACACACAAAAAUCGUUCGCUGAAACCAUUGCAAACUUCUCCUUCCCGAAAAAAGACCAAGCAAUUAUCUUUAACACAAUAGACGGAAUUCCACAAAUUGAGUACAUUAAAGCAUUAAGUAUACUAACGAGCCCGUCGAAUAUUAAAUUCACGUCUAGAGUAUCGAACAACCGCUUUUGUGUGUACUUCUCUAGUAAAAACAUAGCAGGUGAUAUAAUUAAUCAAUAUCCCUAAAUCAAUGUGAAUAAUCACAAUAUUGUCAUACGCAAACUUGUAAACCCAUCAAAACGGAUUAUUAUCUUAAAUGUUUCUCCCAUUAUUCCGCAUUCUCUUAUCACCGACGCACUCAACAAACAAACUAGAUAUUAACACCAUAUUUCCGAUCACGUUCCUCAAAGCUGGGUUCGCAACUGAUGACCUGUCACAUAUCAUCAGUUUUAGAAGACAAACCAUUAUUAAAAACAAGGACAUAAAUAAAUUACCUGGAUCACUUAUAAUUCAUUUCGAUGACACAAACUUCAGAAUUUUUCUUACUGAUGAUACAUUGACAUGCUAUCUCUGCAGACAUACGGGCCACACAUCAGCUCAUUGUAAUAAUUUACCUCAUACAAAACUAGUCAACACAAACGAACAAAAUGAUAACCUAGAGCCGCAACCAAACACCUCAAAGGACCUUCUAAUAAUGUCAAACGAUACACCCAAUGAAAUUACACCCCCCUCUUGCGCUCAGUCGAAGGAAUCCAUCACCAUAGAACCUGAGCAAAAUGAAGAAAUCAGUGAUUCUACACAUACAAAAGUAUUACAUACCCUAUUUUUUCUCCGUGUUGCUGUGAUUUUUCCUAUUAUUUAUUACUAUUGUUAUUAUUAUUAUUAUUUUUAUUGUUUCAAAUACACAGCAACCAUAGUUACCCUAUUUAUUAUUAUUUAUUUGUCUUAGUUACCCCUUUUCAAUUACCAUUAUUAAUAAUUUUAAGUUCCCACACAAACACACACAACACAUAAACACAUUCGCACAUCGUCACACACUAGCCUCGCAAGGUUUGCUCGGCGAACUUGUCCACUCCCUGUUGAGUGCUACACACACCUUCACAAAGCUGGUCGGUCGAUAUAUGGCUUUUUAGGUACCGAGCACGCGACCUAUUAUUGUUCGCUCCCGGCUCCAACAAUCAUCGACUGCCCCAAAUACUCCUCAGCACGCCACCUGUUCGAUAACCCAUCAUCGAUAGAAGAAAGUUUCAAUCAAAGUAACACUCCCAAUAUUUUAAAAUUCUUCAAACACAUAGAUUUAGAAAAAAACUUGUAAAUUUUAUACCUUUUUGUAAUACCAGCUUUAUCAUUGUAUAAAUUAUGUCACAAUAUGUAACUCUCCCCCUCCUUAGGCUAAUAAUCGCUGUAAUUGAAGCCUUAUUUUGAAUAAAAAAAAAAAAAAAAAUUAAUAAGAGUACUUACCACACAACCAAACAACCCAUGAAAGUUACUGCUACUAAACCUUUCGAGAAAAUCUUUCUCGACAUUGGUGGACCACAUAAAAACUUCGACUGAAGGAAAUUCAUACAUUCUCACAAUGCACGAUGAUUUUAAAAUAUUCUGCAGCAGUUCCAUUAGUAAAUCAUUCAGCUAACUCAAUAGCGAAAGCAUUUGUUGAAAAUUUUGUCUGUAAUACAUGUUAUACCGGAGUCAAUAAUCUCGGACUAAGGACAAGAUAUUUUAAGCAAAAUAUUCACAGCAUGCUGUAAACUUCUUCAAAUUGACAAAAUUAAAAUGACAGCGUACCAUCCGCAGUCCAACGGAGCCUUAGAGAGGUCCCAUAGAUUUUUAGCAGAGUAUCUGAGGCACUUUGUUAAGGAGAAGAAAAAGGAUUGGGAUCAUUAUGUUUCUGAUGCAAUGUUUGUAUACAACAGCACGGUUCACACGCCGACAGGAUUCUAGCCCCAUGAGUUAGUAUAUGGAUAUCCAGUAGAAGUACCUCAUUCAUUACAGAGAUCUACACAGCCAUGUUAUAAUUACGAGGAUUACAAUUUUGAAAUCAGAAAACGAUUUUAAGAAUCACACAGAAAAGCGCGUGAUAAACUAAUUGAAAAGAAACAGAAAUCAAAUCUAGCGUACGAUAAAAAACAACUUGAAAUUAUCAUUUAUGUAGGGGAUAGAGUUCUUGUGAAAGAUAAUAAACAAAAAGGAAAGCUGCAAUCCGAAUGAAUGGGUCCCUAUUCAGUUACAACUAUUCAUAAUAAAGAAACCGUAUCUAUACAACGUGAACUUAAAGAAGUAGUUAUACACACGAAUGAAUUGAAAAUGUUUAACUCAUAACUUAAGAAAUAAUUAAAAUAUGAGAAGACUCAUAAUUUCACUACAUAAUUUGAAUUGUCUUAAAUAAUAUUUAAAUUAAUUGUUUCAGAUCACUUUGUACAAUUGGAUGAUUUUUAAGGGCAGAUCCUUUAUAUAAUAUUUCACAAACGAAAGAAUCAUCGAGAAUUUAUUUCAUUGUUCUAUGUGCUACAACAUGAAACAUUUUAAAAUUUGUAAAAAUCUUGUAACCCUAAGGGUUACAACAUCACAUGAUUGCGAAAUCAAUUUAAUAACCAAUACAAAAUUAUCCAACAUUAAUAGCGUUUGUGAGCUUAAAUACACGUCAAUUGAACAUGGCAUUUUUCAAAAAUAAAUGGUUGUAUACUGUAAUUCAACAAAAUUUAAUUAUUACUUGUUAAAAUCGUAAUUAAAUUAUUAUAUCGUUCAAUGAACGGUGCAAAGAAGCCAUAGAAAGUCGCACAGAAACAAUAUUAAAAAUGAUACGAGACGUAACUUCUGAAAAUAAAAAAGGAUUUGUUAAAAACAUAAAAGGUGCAAGCAAAAUAUUAAGGCAGGAAAAAAGAGCAGCCGAAAAAAGUCUUAUUUCAAAAAUAAAAGAACAUAGGCUCAAUCAUAGGUUGUUCUUCAAAAUAUGCAGAUCGAUAAAGAAAGGUUUUAAGGCUCAAACUCGUACGGUCAAAGACCACGAUGGAAACCUGAUAACGGAUGAGUAGGUCUCAUCCAGAAGUUUUAAGCAUAUUUUAAAAACAUUCUAAAUGUCGAACAAAAGAUAAGGGAGGAAAGUGUAAGUAUUAUAUAUCGUAAUGGCACAUGCUCUCCUAGAAAAAACUAACCGUGAGAAGGUAGAUGAUAUAAUCGCGACAUUAAAAAACAACAAAGCCCCGGAAUAUCAACUCUGAACUAUUAAAGUUCGGUACUCAACAACUUAUGACCAAAAUUCACGAGCUAUUUAAAGAAAUAUGGGAUGCUAAUCGAAUACCUGGAGAUUGGAAAACAGCCGAAAUCUGUCGCAGGUACAAAAAAGGCGACCCUUUGGAUACAAGCAAUUACCGGUGAAUUGCGCUUCUAGACAUAUGCUACACAAUCCUAUCCCUGGCAUAUUACGCUGGUUGGAGGUAUACUCUAGAGACUUAAUAGGAGACUAUCAAAGUUGUUAUUUGAGAGGGAAGUCCACCUCUAACCAUAUUUUCAUAAUCAGACAAGUGAUGGAAAAGGAUAUCCACAUGUGUUUUAUUGACCUCAGGCAGGGUUACGAUAGCAUAGUUCGAAAUGAACUGUGGGCGGCCAUAGAAGAAUUUUGAAUCCCCAAGAAACUUAUCGAUCUCAUAUAAGCUUGCAACACGCAUACAGUGUGCAAAGUGAAAUGAAACUGAGUGGACAGACCAGGUAUAGAGUUCAAAUAGAAUUCUAAAGAAAGCAUUGCAAGGAUAAGUCAAUGGAAAAAGACCUAGGGGCCGCCAUAGACAGGGUUAGCGAAGAUUUAAAGCAAUUAUAAACAACGGGUAACUUGGGCACGGCAGUAGCAUAUAUAAAUCGCCCAAAACAUCGUCUGAUCAAACAAAUCCACCAAGAUUAAAUCCGAACAAUUUUUCAACAUAUCUGUACAUUGUUCUUUGGACUUGUACUAUUAUUUUUUGUAUUUUAGUGAAUUUUGUUGUUUUUAAUUAAUUGGACUUGGUGUAUUUUUAAAGAUUUAUUGUAAAUGAAAUUGUGUUUUAUAUUGGAAAUAUUAAUUUGAAGUUUUAACACGAGUUUGAGUUAAAUUAUUUUGACAAUUUUCUCAGUCACUAUUCUUACGUUGGGUCUGUUACAAAAUGCUUUGAAAAAAGUAACGGUCAAGAAAUUCACACCUCAAGAGGCACUGACAUUGUUUGUUGAAGACGAUUUAACCAGAAAACAAUGGGAACUUAUUCAAAGUAGAAACAAAAAUAUCUAUCUCUCUUACUCAAUGAUACAACAAGCUAAAAAUAAUGUUGCCUUGAUUAUGAAUCGAUACAAGUAACCGAAACUACAGCUGAAAUUCUACUUCAAGCAAUACUUGACCAUACCGCAUUAUUCCUAUACAAAUAUGUCUUAAAUUGUAAAAAAGUGUUCAAAAAAGUACAGAUUGGGUCACAAUAGGCAUAAUUUAAACAAGUUUCAAAAUAAUGCUGAAAGUAAUGCAAAUAUUUUUCAAAGCUCUUUAGUUCCACUGAGAAUGAUUUUUAUCAUUGACAGGGAACAGAAAAAAAUUAUAUGGUAAAACCCAGUCCCCUCUUCUCCAAAGUUUUGCAGGCCCAUACGAAUACGUUUCAUUAUUGAAUCUAAAGAUAUAACAAUUGAUGAAGUAAAAUACGUAAACAAUCAAAUAAUGAAUCUUAGGGAAACAAGGAUGCACAAUGAAAUUGGAAAAAUAAAGCAUACCAUGUUGUUUACAAUGAUAUAUGGUAAAUUGUGCAACGCUGCAACUGAAACAACAUCUACUAUGAGGUGCUGUAUUUGGGGAAAACAUCAAAAUAUUUUAAUAAAUUUAUUAAAAAUGAGCAAAUCGAUACAGAAACACUCUCAUUUGGACUCUCGAUUCUUCAUGCAAGGAUUCGUUUCUUUCAAUUGUCUCUUCAUUUAGCUUAUAAAAUACCUUUACAAAAGUGUCAAGCUCGAUCAAAUGAGGAAAAAAAAUUGUCCGAGAAACAAAGGAGAAAAUACAAAGAUCCUUCAAAGAAGAAUUAGGGCUUCUAUACUCCGCGCCACGAGAGAAUGCAUACGGCGGCCGACCAAAACACGUAUUUUUCGCGCAUCCCCACCACUUUACCAGCAUAAUCGUCAGAGCGCUUCGGAGCUCGCCAAUGGCAUCGGCAGGUGU